AUGGGCGGUAUGGGUCCAGGCCAAAGUCGGGUUUGGAUAUUCAAGGAGCUCCUGGACAGGUAUGCCGCCCGCCGCUUGGGCGAAACCGUUGCACUGGCGUUGUUUGACAACCUCGCGCUCCCCCGGUUCUCUGACAGCGUGAAAGCAGGCAAGUUCAGUGCUUUAGUCGGCAUAGUCUUCUACCUCUGCCUGAAUAGCUCGUAUACGGUUGCCGUUUUUACUGAUCCUGGAUCUCCGGUUGCCACACGAAACCGGCAUGCCUACAGCCAUCUUCCCACCAUAGAACCUCCGGCGUACAACGCGUUAACAGUCAGCUCUACCGGUGGCACGAGAUACUGUAAGAAAUGCCAAUCGCCAAAACCAGAUCGAGCACACCACUGCUCAACGUGUAAAAGAUGUGUUUUGAAGAUGGACCAUCACUGCCCAUGGCUGGCAACCUGUGUUGGAUUCUACAAUUACAAAGCCUUUGUUCUUUUCCUAGGAUAUACGUGCCUGUUCUGUUACGUCUGCUUUGCCGUCUCGGCAACGUGGGUAUGGACAGAAAUGCUUACGGAUACUCGCUACAUGGAGCAUGGAUUCCCAAUAAAUGUCAUUCUUCUGGCCAUCAUUUCAGGCGUGAUUGGUCUGGUAUUGACUGGCUUCACUGCUUGGCACGUAAGCCUUGCAUGUCGCGGUUUAACGACGAUCGAAUGCCUGGAGAAGACGAGAUAUCUUUCGCCUUUGAGGAAGACACUAGAUAACCAAAGACAACACCUCGUGUCUUACGAUGGACGGCAAGAUAGUCGGCUCGGUAAUACUCUACAUAGCUAUGGGCAACAGUUGUUGGACAUGCAUGCCAACGCCAUACCCGGCGUGACUCGAGAAGAGGAAGGUGAAGAACGACCAUCUCCAACGAUUUCCACUCGGCGACCAAAUCCACCGUACGCGGCCGAGAUAUAUAAUCCAAAUGAGCAUACGAAUGAUUAUCUAUCGCCUGCACAACAAUCUCUCUACCGAUCUUACGAAGAGUUGGAACGACAUCGAGAGCGGGAUAGGUACGAAGAAUACCUAGAUGAGCAGGACUCAGAAAAAUUACCAAAUGCGUUUGAUCUUGGCUGGCAGCGAAAUCUAGCGCAUCUAUUUGGUACCAACCCGCUGCUCUGGUUGCUCCCCAUCUGCACCACUACCGGGGAUGGAUGGUACUGGGAAGCAAGCUCAAAAUGGCAGGAAGCGAAGCAUGACAUAGAGCAACAACGCUUAACCCGCUGGGAAGAAUCACAAUUGGCCGGAGCGAGGUAUACCGGGAGACAAAAUUGCUCACAAGGCCAUUAUCCAGAUUAUCGUAAUCACAACGGUGAAGGCCUCUACGAUAGAUCUGGUGAAACACUACAGUCCCCUGCUGGUGUCUCUAUGAGAACCCUUCCGCCCAGAUCUUCGCGCCAACAAACUUGUGGUUAUGAGAGUGAUUCGGAUACUGCCUUGGAUGGCUAUAGUAUAAGUUACGAUGAGCGCCUAGGAGUUCGAAGCUUAAGUUCUGGGGCUCAGGCGGCCACAAGUUAG